CGCCGCCAUUUCGUGUCGCAAGCUGGAUGGUGCGGUCGCCACCGAGGCCAGCGUCCAUGUCGGGCACAAGCCCUCGUCGCCACCGCUCGUCGUUUGUAGCGAGUGAGUCGUCGUUGCAGCCGCCGCCUGCUCGCCCAACUCGUUUCCGGGAAGAUUUGCACCGCGCGUCCGGCCAAGUGGACAACGCGAUGCAAUGGGUCGCGUUUUUUCAGGCGAUUUGCCCCGUUGUGCCGUAUGCCAACCCGAUCCGUCUCAACGUCCCCGACACCGUCCUCCUGACCCCCCAAGGGGCGCCCAGCAUUUGGUAUCACUCGUCGGCGUCGUCGGGGGGCGUGCUCAAACGAAAGCAACCAGCGCACAUGACCGCCAACGCCAUCUUGGCGGCGUUCGUGGGGCCACAUCCCGACGUCGUCGGGCCCACGGAAGCCGUCGCCGUCGUCCGCUUUGGGUUUUCGUCGCGCGUGAUGUCCCGCGCCGACUUUGCAAUCCUGUGCGACGACAUGAAUGGCCACAAACUCACGCCCUUGCGACCGACCGGUCCGUCGCUGCCGAGUGUGCCGUUUUGCUUGCAGCGGUACAUUCGGCCUCAAGACGACAAGAGGUACAUUGUGUCGUUUUCGCUCCACCCGCCGUGCCAAGGACACUCCAAGCCAGCCAUGUGCGACGUGUUUGUCGCGCCGUACUCGAAACGCUACCAUCUCGGCCAGGCCGAGGUCGUGUCUCAUCCAGAGAGGACCGAAAAGCCCGUCCCGCCGCCGUUGUUUGCCGACCGCAAGGCUUCGUACGAUUUCCACAUGGGGGUCCGCGACGCCAAGCUCGUGUCCCCCGUCAGUCUAAUGAAGCAUCUCACUGUCACCCUCGCGCACCACAUCAAUAGCCACCACGUGACCAACCCAGUCCAAGGCAUCGUGUGCGAGUACAUUGUCGGCGCGGACGACGACAUCGUGUACAUGACUGGUGUCCUCGGGGUGUCAUGCAUGCAUGACGCGAUGCCGUCGUGGGAACUGCUAGCCCACGCAGACCCCGAGUCGCACCUGAUUUGCCAGCAUCACGCCCAGCUCCGGGCCAACGCGGCGACUCCUCGUCGACCACCGCCGCCCGACAAAACAGCCCCCACUCCAUCGACGCAAACCCCCCGCUUUCCGUCCGUCCCGAACGCCCAAGUGUCGUCCACUGACGAAUGGACCCGUGGCGUCGCGUCCGCGGAUCGCUGCCCUCGGUACAAGAAUGCGUCGCCGUCCAAGUUUUUCCGCGACGGCAAGUUCGUCACAAAGCUGUCGGCCAUGCAAUGCGAAUCGUCGUGUCGGCUGCACUUGCCGAUGCAUCGGGCGUGCCGUCCAGCGCUCAUGGUGGACCUGGCGCGACAGGUCGAAGAUUUCCGGGAAGAUCUUGUCCAACAAACGGAACGGUGCAUCAAAGCCGAGGAACGUGCAGUUGCGUGUGUGCAUGAGACAUACGUGGCAACGCAGCACCGGGUCGCGACCGAUGCCAAGUUGGCCACCCUCCAGCGCGACCACAUGCACCAGCGCGAGCGGUGGGAGUGCCAGUAUAUGCUAAGCGAGGACCUCGCGAUGCGCGCGUUCGACUGCUUGACGCAACAAGCGGCACGCAUUGCCACGUUGGAAGCGCGAAACUCGGCCCACGACGUACAAUUGCAGCACCAAGUGGCGCAAAGCCGAUACGAGCUCGACAAGCUCAGGCUGCAGGAUGCCGCAUGGGCAGCUCAAGUUGUCGCAAAGGACGUCGAGAUCGCUCGCCUCUUAGGCGACCAAGAGAAAGCCCGACAACAAGCGAUUGCAGACACGCUGCAGCGGGAAGGGUCCCAGGCCUACGUCCACUCGUUGCGUGCUCAGAUUUCGCUGCUGAAGCGGGAGAAGGAAGUACUGCGGAAAGAGGCGACACGUUACAUGGCCGAGCGCGACGAUCUCCUUCGAGUCCUGCCCGUCGUGACAUCGAUCGCCGACAAGAAAGCCAGCAAACCCAUCCGGGUCAACGUGUCCGAUCUGUUCGAGCCAGGGGUACGUGCGACAGGAUCAUGGCACGCCAUGGACCGCCUUCUUUCGCGCCAGGAUAACGCGAAAGAGAUCAACAUGCUGCAGCUCAUGCUGACGUCGCACACAAAAGCCCUCAAAGGAGUCUUCCAAGGGCUUACGUUGCAGUCCGUUGGGGCGUCGGCGGCGGCAGGUGGCAAGGCCACGUUGCUGUCGCUGCCAGCAUUUGUCAACUUUGCCACAGCAUGUGGCUUUCUGCAGAACGUGUCGUUGGACGAGUUGCACGCGAUGGUGCAAAAAGCAACAAAGGACGAUCGCAAGGCGGCCAGCGACGACAAAGGCGCGAUACCAUCGUCGGCAGGAUUGACGUACACUCAAUUUUGCGAGUGUUUGGUGCGGCUUGCCCAUGUGUUGUACAAGACGGAGCUCCCGCAGUUGACCAAACGGUUUGCGUACUUGAUUGACAACGACCUGGCGAGUUACGAAAAGAGCAAGUUUGCAAGCGAUAUCAAGGAAGACGAAGGCGAUGGGUGUGGCCACGACUGACAGCAUCCGAGUGCUUCUCCUCACGCGUUCCUGGACGAAUGCCGCUCUGGCACGUCGACGAAAGCCUCGCCAUGUUGAUGCUUGAAUAAUGGGUCAUCUAUCGACAUAAAAUGUGCAAGUAUUGGAGGGUGCAUGGG